CAGUGGUGCCGGCUGCAACGGCGACAAUGGCAGCGUCGGGUGCUGGUGGCGAUCAGGACGAGUUCUACCUGCGUUACUACGUGGGCCACAAGGGCAAGUUCGGGCACGAGUUCUUGGAGUUCGAGUUCCGCCCCGACGGCAAGCUCCGCUACGCCAACAAUUCCAACUACAAGAACGACACCAUGAUCCGCAAGGAGGUCUUCGUCUCCCCCGCCGUACUCCGAGAGUGCCGCCGCAUCAUCGCCGACAGCGAGAUCAUGAGGGAGGACGACAAUAACUGGCCGCCCCCGGAUCGGGUCGGCCGGCAGGAGCUGGAGAUCGUGAUGAACAACGAGCAUAUCUCCUUCACUACUUCCAAGAUCGGGUCCCUCGUCGACGUCCAGGGUAGCCAGGAUCCCGAGGGCCUUCGCGUCUUCUAUUAUCUUGUUCAGGAUCUCAAAUGCUUUGUGUUUUCCUUGAUUUCUCUGCACUUCAAGAUUAAGCCUAUUCAGUCAUAAAGUUAAAUCUCCGCAUUUCUGCUUCUCUAGACUUGGAUCUAUGCUCCAUGUCAGACUUGAGUUUUGAGGCACACUGUUGAUGAAACCUUAUCUAACCAACAACCCUUGAUGUGAGACAAUUGACCCGUAACACCUUAUUGAUUCUGUUGGUUGUACUCUUCAUAUAUGUUGUAUUUUGAAAAACUUGGUUGUGUGAGUUCAUGAAGCUUUUUUCC